AUGAUCUUGAUCCGCCAGCAUUUCAAUCAGAUCCUCCGCAUCCGCCGCACAGUGCCGCCCAAGCUGGUGAGCCGUUGCGAGGUCUUUGCGCAUGUGCAUCCAGAAUCCAUUCGAUGUUUAUGGGUCGGAGAAGAGGAGUCUGGUGGUGGGCCUAUGGGCUUUGGUGUGGAGUUCGAUAUUGAUGCCUCAGUGCCCUGUUGCGUCCAGCUCUACUGGGGUUUGAGCGCCACCGCAUGCAACGAUUUGGCGCACCGUGGUCAACUCGACUUCCUCACCGCACCACGUGGGAGUCGCCCAGCGACCAAUGGAGGCGGCUUCUCGAACUCCCUGCGGCAGCUCCGGGGGCGGUGGACAGGAGGAAGGUCCUAUGCGAAUCCGGAGACCACACGUUCACUCCUCGAAAUGGAGGAGCUCAAUCUCACAGCCUGCCAAGCAGAGCCGUGUGCUGAGCCGCAGUCGGAGGAUCGAAUCUUUAGCACUCGUGACUUCGUGGCGCAGUCCAGGGACUUCUUCCUGCCUGCUGGCUGUGGGCAGCGCUAUGUGACCCCUGCAGGGGACUUGAUCCACCCAGACCGAAUGGCAGAGUUCGACUUCUUGGCCUCAUGGCUGCGAGCUGGCCAGGCCGAGCCGGGCGCGACCAUCCCAUUGGCCAUUGUGGUUUUGGCCAGUGGGCGAGUUUCAGGACCGGUGCAGGGCCGGGCCAUUCUGGAGACCAAGGGCGAGAUCUCCACGGCUUUCUUUCGGGGGAUGUUCCCGCGCCGUGGAUCUCUGUGGCACUUUGGGGAGCAUCCAGACAUUGAAGCGACAUUUUUUGUAGGUCCGCUUUCACAUGACAGGUUUCACACAGCAGAGAUCUUCCGGCAGCUCUGCCUGGGCGAGCAAAUGCUCUUGGAGGUCCAGGGGAUCUUCGGAUUUGAGGAGGCUCUCCCGCGGUUUGGCAUGGGCCUGGCCGGCGACACAGAUUGCAUGAUUUGCUAUGCGCGCCCUAAGAAUGUGCUCCUCUUGCCCUGCCGUCAUUGCUCCGUUUGCCACUCCUGCCUUCGCUCCUUGCGCGAUGAGAAGUGCCCUUUGUGCCGCUCCUCCUUCGGCAGCCUGGAAUGGUGA